GCUGUGGAGGUCUACUGCUGAGGAGCCACAGCCUCAAGGAGCAGUUUGAUUUUCUGAGCACUUCAGAUUGAUGGAGGAUCCCAUCCAACUGAAGGAGGAGGGCAACAAAUAUUUUCAAGCCAGCGACUAUGAGAGAGCUGCUGAGAGCUACACGAAGGCCAUGAAGCUCAACAAGGACAGGGCACUGCAGGCCGUGCUGUACCGCAACCGGGCAGCAUGCUUCCUGAAAAAGGAGGAAUACGCCAAAGCAGCCUCGGAUGCAUCUAGAGCUAUUGACAUCAAUUCUUCGGAUAUCAAAGCUUUGUACCGGCGCAGCCAAGCUCUAGAAAAAUUGGGAAAAUUGGACCAAGCAUUCAAAGAUGCUCAGAAAUGUGCGACCAUGGAGCCCCGCAACAAGAACUUCCAGGAGACCCUGAGGCGCCUGGGGGCUGACAUCCAGGAGAAGCUGCGCAUUCAGUUCUCCACGGACAUGCGGGUGCAGAAGAUGUUUGAAAUCCUGCUGGAUGAGAACAGCGAGAAGGAGAAGCGAGAGAGGGCUGCCAACAACCUCAUAGUCCUGGGCCGGGAGGAAGCGGGCGCCGAGAGGAUUUUCCAGAACAAUGGGGUCAGCUUGCUGCUGCAGCUGAUAGAAACCAAAAAUGCUGAGCUGGUCCUAGCAGCCGUGAGGACACUUUCGGGCAUGUGCACAGGACAUAAGGCUCGGGCCACUGCCAUCCUCCAUUACGUGGGCAUUGACAACAUCUGCUCGUGGAUGUCGGUGGACAAUGAGGAGAUCUCCCUGGCUGUCUGCAACCUCCUGCAGACCAUCACUGACUGCUUGCUGGGACAGGGCAAGGAGGAGCACCAUGGCAAGGAGGAGGCUCUCGUGCUAGAUACUAAAAAAGACUUGAAGAUGAUCACGAUGCGUUUGCUGGAUAUGUUGGUCAGUAAGAACGUAUCUGGGCAGGGACGAGACCGAGCUCUCAACCUCCUCAACAAGAACAUACCAAGAAAGGACCCGAAGGACCAUGACAACAGCAGGACCACUUUUGUCAUUGACAAUGGAUUAAAAAAGAUACUGAAAGUGGUGGGUCAGAUUCCUGAGAUGCCUGGCUGCCUUCCGCUGACAGAGAACACCCAGCUGACUGCCUCCAUCCUCCUAAAUAAGCUCUACGAUGACCUGCGCUGCGACCCCGAGCGCGACAACUACCGUGUGAUCUGCGAGGAGUACAUCAAGAGCAAAAUUGACCCACAGAACAUGGACAAGACACUCCACGCCAUCCAGAUGGUGUCUGGAGUUCUGCAAGGGCCCUUUGACUUGGGCAACAAGCUGCUUGGCAUGAAGGGGGUGAUGGAGAUGAUGGUUGCCCUGUGUGGGUCCGAGAGGGAGAUUGACCAGCUGGUGGCUGUGGAAGCCCUCAUCCACGCUUCCACCAAGCUGAGCCGGGCCACUUUCAUCAUCUCUAAUGGAAUAACACUCCUGAAGGAGAUCUACAAGAAGACCAAGAAUGAGAAGAUCAAAAUCCGAGCCCUAGUGGGUCUCUGCAAGCUGGGCUCAGCAGGAGGGACAGACUAUGGGCUGCGGCAAUUUGCUGAGGGCUCCACGGAGAAGCUUGCCAGGCAGUGCCGAAAGUGGUUGUGCAACACCAGCAUUGAUGCCCGCACCAGGAAGUGGGCUGUGGAAGGACUGGCAUAUCUGACCCUGGAUGCAGAUGUGAAAGAUGACUUUGUGGAAGAUGAGCAAGCCCUGCAAGCUAUGUUUGAGUUAGCCAAGACAAGUGACAAGACUAUCCUGUAUUCUGUGGCUUCUGCGCUGGUGAACUGCACCAACAGCUAUGAUACAAAGGAGCUGGUCCCAGAGCUGGUGCAACUGGCCAAAUUCUCCAAGCAACACGUGCCUGAGGAGCAUCCCAAGGACAAGAAGGAUUUUGUCGUGAAGCGAGUGAAGCGGCUGCUAAAAGCUGGCGUUGUCUCGGCCUUGGCCUGCAUGGUGAAAGCUGACAGUGCCAUACUGACAGACCAGAGCAAGGAGCUCAUCGCCAGGGUGUUCCUCGCGUUAUGUGAUGACCCCAAGGACCGUGGGACCAUUGUUGCUCAAGGUGGUGGAAAGGCCCUGAUACCUCUGGCUGUGGAAGGCACAGAUGUUGGCAAGAUAAAAGCUUCUCAUGCCCUGGCAAAAAUUGCUGCUAUCUCCAAUCCAGACAUAGCGUUCCCAGGAGAGAGGGUGUACGAGGUGGUGAGGCCCCUCGUCAGCUUGCUGAACACCGAGAGAGAUGGCCUCCAGAACUAUGAGGCUCUCCUGGGACUCACUAAUUUUUCAGGAAGAAGUGAUAAGCUUAGGAUGAAAAUAGUCAAAGAAAGGGCACUGCCAGACAUUGAAAACUAUAUGUUUGAGAACCAUGACCAGCUCCGACAGGCAGCCACGGAAUGCAUGUGCAACCUGGUGGUCAGCAAGGAGGUUCAGGAGCGGUUCGUGGCUGAUGGAAAUGACCGGCUGAAGCUGGUGGUGUUACUGUGUGGUGAGGAUGAUGAGAAGGUCCAGAAAGCAGCAGCAGGAACCCUGGCCAUGCUUACAGCAGCACAAAAGAAACUCUGCUCAAAGAUGACUGAAGUGACCACCCAGUGGCUUGAAAUCCUGCAGAGGCUCUGCUUGCACGAUAACAUGGAAGUGCAGCACCGUGGACUGGUCAUCGCUUUCAAUUUAAUCAGUGCCAGCAAAGAGCUGGCAAAGAAAUUGGUGGAGUCAGAGCUCCUGGAGAUCCUGACGUUUGUUGGCAAGCAAGAAGAUGACCCCAAGAAGCAGCAUGUAAUUAACGCAGCACGUGACUGUCUCACAAAGUGCAUGGAUUACGGGCUGAUCAAACCUCUCUCUCGAGCGUGAGGAAAUAGAAAGUACCAGAGAGGGUUGGAUGGGGAAAAAAACUUACUGAGAAACGUGAAGAAC